UAUGUGAUUUGGCGAAAAAAAGCCACGAAAGGAUGGUUACCUUUGAAACGAGCGAGCUCGCAUUUUACUUCCCAUCAAAAUGUCGUGACUUCCGAAUCUAAAGGGAGGGAAGGUUGUGGAAGGAGGAGGAGAAGGGUUUCGGUACAGGUAGGUAGAAAUGGCUUUUAUCUCUCUCUCUCUCUCUCUCUCGACCAAAAGGAUUAGAAUGCUAGGGCGGCAAAGAUCAGCUACAGAUGAGUGGCAGGAAAUGGAGUGAGUUGGGUUCGGCCGUGAGGUGGUUCCGAUAGGUUGGGAUUUUGGUUUGAGAUUCCGAUUGUAAGGUGAGGAGGAGGCGUCGGAGGCUUUGGCAGUCGGAUAUGUCGGGGGAUGGGAAGGUGGAGUCGUCUGCAGGAUGGAGGUCGGGUCAAGGAAGAGGGGGAUACGGGUGGCUACAAGGAUUCGGUUCCAGGGGCUAAGUGCGAUUGGAGCGAGAGGUUCUGGAGGCAAGUGGAUCACUCCGCUUCGGGAGCUUUCGCGAGUGGGGAGGAUUCAAAGAAGAAAUGUAGUGGGAGUUUGGCCGUGGGAAGUAGCAAACGAGAGAAGGAAGUUUCGCUCUCGUUUUAACGACGCGAGGGGAGGGGAGGUUCGUAUCCAAGCAUGCGCGAAUGGACGUCUUCGGCGCUGUUUGCAGAGGUAUGGGGCAAUUGUCGCAAGAUUUGGGCAGCAGGAUUUGCGGCAAAGCUUCUCACGGGAGCAGGAGGGAACUGAUGAGGUGCAGUCACACUAUAAGAAUAAUGGAUAACUUACACCUACAUGCCACUAGCAAGCUAUCACUAUCAAACUGUUAGUCCCAUUAUGCUGUCAGUUUUUAUCAUUAUUAUUACUUAUGCUCUUUUACCAUAGGUAUUUAUUUUAAUUACAAUACUACCAGCACUAUAUGAACGAUGUUCUUUUUGAAAAACAUCAGAAAAGAAAAAGAAACAUAGCUCAAUUUUCUACUGUUC